UAUAGCGCGCACACAGAGAGAAAGAGGCUGAGGAAGAGAAAAGCCAUUUAAGUUCACUACCCUUUUAUCACUAUCGUCUUUGGCUGGCAUCUUUCCUCUACCUCUCUCGUCGUUUUUCAUCGUCAUUCUACUGCAACAGGUGCAACUCUUUUCACGGUGGCUAACGUCAUUGAGUAACACAUGGCGUGCAUGAAGUUGGGAUCCAAAUCCGAAGUCUUUCACCUUGAUAACCUAACCUGGCUUUGCUCAACAGGGCUUUCUAGUGAUGUCAUUCUUGAAAUAGGAGAGAAGACCUUCCAUUUGCACAAGUUUCCCUUGCUGUCCAGAAGCGGACUGUUAGAAUAUCUCAUUGGAGAUCUUUCUGGCGAGGAUGAGACAAAGUGUGUUUUGCAGCUACAUGACAUACCUGGAGGAGCCAAAACCUUUCUUCUUGCAGCCAAGUUCUGUUAUGGCGUUAAAAUAGAGCUCACUGCAUUAAAUGUGGUCAGGCUCAGGUGUGCAGCUGAGUAUCUUCAGAUGACUGAAGACUAUGGAGAGGGGAAUCUUAUAAUGCAGACGGAAAAUUUUCUUAAUGAGAUUUUUUGUUACUGGACAGACUCAAUUAAAGCUCUUGAAACCUGUGAAGAGGUUCUACCACAUGCAGAAGAGCUUCAUAUUGUUUCAAGAUGCAUUGAUUCAUUGGCAAUGAAAGCUUGUGCAGAUCCAAGUUUGUUUAGUUUGCCCAUGUCAGGAUGCAGUGCUGUGGACAACCCAGGUGCGGCUGGAAUUUGGAAUGGAAUACGCACGGCUGCUAAGCCCAAUCCUGUGAGUGAAGAUUGGUGGUAUGAAGAUGUGUCCAUUCUGAUAUUUCCUCUGUAUAAAAGACUAAUUCUGGCUGUAGGAACGAGAGGGAUGAGGGCAGAGAGAAUUGCUGGGUCCGUUGUCUACUAUGCAAAGAGGCAUCUCCCCUUGUUGGGUAGGCAAUCAAGCUUCCCGAAUGGGACCUGUGCUGCCCCGGGAUCAGCUAUUUCUGCCUCAUCCGAUGUGGGUCAAAGGAAUCUUCUUGAAGAAAUUGUCGAGUUACUACCCAUUGAAAAGGGUGUCACAGCAACUAAUUUUCUUCUUAGGCUUUUAAGAACAUCAAUGAUUUUAGAUGCCAGCCAAUCAUGUCGUGAGAAUUUAGAGAAAAGGGUUGGCGCUCAGUUGGAUCAAGCAGCUCUUGAAGAUCUUCUGAUACCAAAUAUGGGGUACUCAGUCGAGACCCUUUAUGAUAUUGACUGUGUUCAACGGAUUCUCGAUCACUUCAUUCUGGUAGAUCGUGGUUCUCUUGAUUCUAAUUCUAAUUGUAUGGUAUAUGAGGGGCAGUUGAUGGGAGGUUCCAAUUCACUGACCCCAAUGACAAUGGUGGCUAGUCUGGUGGAUGGUUAUUUAGCCGAAGUGGCACCUGAUGUUAACUUGAAGUUAUUGAAAUUUGAGUCGCUAGCUGCUGGUAUCCCUGAUUAUGCCAGGCCAUUAGAUGAUGGAAUCUACCGUGCGAUUGAUAUAUUCCUCAAGGCUCAUCCCCGGCUAACAGACUCUGAAAGGGAACAACUCUGCAGGCUCAUGAACUGCCAGAAGCUCUCCUUGGAAGCCAGCACCCAUGCAGCCCAGAAUGAGAGGCUGCCACUUCGUGUCAUUGUCCAAGUUCUAUUCUUCGAACAACUUCGGCUCCGCACCUCUGUUGCUGGUUGGUUCUUUGUCUCUGACAACCUUGAGAACUCUCAAAAUCACAGUGGGAAUCUUGCUUUGAUCAGAAAUGAUGCCUCUACCCAAGCAGCAGGCACCACUCAAAACCACCUUGUAGCGGUUAAUGACAUGAAGGGACGGGUAUCUGAGCUUGAAAAGGAAUGCUCUAGCAUGAAACAAGACAUUGAGAAGCUAGUGAAGACAAAAGGAAGUUGGAACGCCAUCUUGAAAAAAUUUUCUUUCAGACCAAAGACGAAGUCAUCCUAUGAUCCAAAUGCAUCGAAGCCGGGCAACAAUUCCAAAACGUUGCCAGAAUCAAAAGAACCACUUGCAAAUGGAAAAGUAAAUCAUGGCAGUGGUGAAUUGGAAGGUUGAAUAUCAUGUCCUAAUUGAAAGAUUUUUUUUUUUUCAUUCACCAAUAACUUCUUUUCUCACCCUCCGGCAAGUAGCUGCUAGCUAGUCGUUAUCUGUUUCUGAAGGGUUUAUAAUUACACUUAAGACAUAAGAUUGUAUUACAGUUCCUCUCACCUUUUAGAUCUUCCUCUGAUAUUUGAUAUUUUUUUCAGUUUUCAAA